AUGUGGCUCCUGGGCACCGCGCGCGCGAACCUCGUCUUCUUUCCCCAACCUGAGCGCGUUUCUGGAGGCUAUGCCAUCCUGUCGCACACCUGGGGGGAGGAAGAAGAUACGUUUCAAAAGGUUCAAAAGCUGAACCCACACCGGUCGUCACCGCCAUGGUUCAACCCACGCGAUCGCCUCACUUCAAAAGUUCGAUCAUUCCUUGAGCUCGCCGAACGGCACGGGCAUGAGUACGCUUGGGUCGACACAUGCUGUAUCAACAAGGAGAGCAGCGCCGAGCUCUCGGAAGGCAUCAAUUCCAUGUUCCGCUACUACGCCGUCUCCGCCAUCUGCUACGUCUAUCUCAGCGACGUCGAAUACUACUCCGGCGCUCGUUCACGUCCCAUGUGGAACGUCUUCCUAAACAGCCGCUGGCACAAGCGGGGCUGGACUCUCCAAGAGCUCAUCGCGUCCCGCAUCCUCGUGUUCUAUUCCAAAGAGUGGAUCUCUCUGGGCACCAAGUACGAGCUUGCCGAUCGCCUUGAACGGGCAACUGGAAUCUCCGCGGCAGUCCUCCGCUUCGAGAGCCCGUUUACUGACGCGAGCAUCGCGACGCGCAUAUCCUGGGCGGCGCAUCGGGAAACCACGAGGCCAGAAGACGCUGCCUACAGCCUCUUCGGGCUUUUCGGGGUCAACAUGCCGACGCUCUACGGCGAAGGGCAACACGCAUUCUGCCGGCUCCUCAUGGAGAUCUCGAAGACACCUCAAAGUGGCCCUCCAGGAAAUGCCCCAAAUCGGAACCCGUCGUCAUCUUCUCCCCCUUCAGCCUUCGCCGACCUUUAG